AUGCCACAUACACAGCAAAGCGACGUCGUCAUCCAAAUCCCGUACCCGACAAACGCAACACAUACACAGACUACAGUCUUUAAAAGAAACGUUGAAGUUCUUCUCACUUACCACGAAAUUGGAGAGCUCACCGCAAGAAGAUGGGCGGAAUACUUUCUCCGCUUCGUCAACGCCGUGGUCAUAACAACGGAAGGCCAAAUGAAUACGGCCAUUGAGAUCUACUUCACAGUUACAAAUAACAACGUCCACGCUCCAGCUAUGGCCGAUAGAGACAUUCUCGUAGCCAGUUUACAGGAUCAGAAAAAGCUGCCAACCCAUGAAGAGCAAAGUGAUGAAUGCACAAUAUGUCUUCAACCAUUUGAAGGUGGAAAGUAUAUCAACAAAUUAACAUGUACUCACAUAUACCAUAAUGAAUGUAUUAUUACUUGGUUGUAUAUAAACCCAACUUGUCCAAUCUGUAGGGCAAGUGAGUUUUAA